AUGGCUGACGGAGCCUCGUUUCGGAAGCAAAUUACAAGUAUUUUCCGGCAUCGGAUGGGAUCCGAAAAGAAAAAUUCGGAAUACGACGACUUGCUGGAGAAAAUAGUCGGAGCAAUCCAUAGAGAAGAAGAAAAAACGACCAUAGAAAUACUGCUGAAAGAACCUGCUGGUGAAAACGGUGUUCCUCCUGUGGUUGCCAUUACGGGGAUUGCAGGAAUAGGGAAGACAACACUUGCUCUCCUCGUUUGCGAAGACGACAAAGUCAAAGGCCGUUUCGGAUCGCCGAUUUGGUUAAAUGCCGCUGGCAAAACAUUUGAUGAUCUGGCAUCCAUUGCAGGACCUGUAAAGGCGGCGGCCACAUCCAGCGGGAACCCCUCAUUGCUUGUGCUUGACGAUUUAAGAGCUGAGAUUAGUAAAUCAAAAGUGAGCGAGUUAAGGAAGCAUGGUGUCUCCGUUGGAGCAGGAGCAAUAAUCGUAACUACACGUCGCACAUGGCAGAGUCAUGGUGACGAAGCUAUCCAUGCUUUUCCCUUGGCGGGGCUCGAUGUAGGAAAGAAUUGGUCUCUGUUCACAAGUCUCGGAAGCAGUAACAAACACAAGGAGGAAAUAACAGAAAUUCUGGACAAGUGCAAUGGAUUCCCUCUAGCCAUAAAGCUUGUGUCGACAUUUCUCGAGUCCAGGGCCGGGACUCUCCAAGAAGCUAAACUCAGCGAGUUGCUUCCGCGGCGGUUGAUACUCCAGCCUCAUGAAGUACAGUUACUUGCUUAUGUUUCCCUUUUCCCUGAUGACUAUUUGAUCCAUCCUGAUAGAUUAAUUCAUCUCUGGAUCGCCGAAGGAUUCGUCCCGCCGGAAGAACCUUGGCGUCGGGUUAUCGAUGACUUCGUUGCCUCAGGUAUAUUCCAAGACGUGAAACGAGAGGAGGGUGGUGACGGCGUAGUGAAGAGCUGCACAGUGCACCCUUACGUGCAGGAGCUGGCACGCUUUGUCGCGAAGAAAGACGAGUUUAUCAGCACCGGCAUUGACGAGUCCCAGCUGCUUCUACGAGCUUCGUUUGAUCUGAGGUCAGCCGAUUCCGUUUCGAAACUUGAAUUGUUCCUUAAGGAGGAGAAGAGAGCGAGGGAUCUGAGGACCAUUCUUUUUCAUGGAAUGGUUGAGUCUCCUCUUGUACUUGGCAACCAGCAAGCGGAGCGCAUGAAUGAGUACACUUGCGAUAAGGUGUUGUCCACUUGCAAGGCCCUCUCGAUUCCUUCCCUCGGUUGCCUCGUCAAGCUCAGUUUGUACAACUGUUCCACACCGGAACCUCUCCCCCGGCUGGAUGAACUUCCAAGCCUCGAGGUUCUCGAGCUUCGGAGGAUGCAUUCUCUGAGGUUCAUUGCAGAAAAAUGUGACGACAGCGUUCAUCAGGUAUUUACAUUGUUGAAGGAGCUAACACUAUGGGGCAGUCCUAAACUCGAAAGUUGGUGGAAUGGCAAAAGCAAAAACUCAAUAAUCUUCAGUUGCAUAUCGAGUUUACGGAUCCAGUACUGUCCUAACUUGACCCGCAUGCCACUAUAUCCUACUCUUGACAAAAUGUUGGUGUUGCUGGAUUCAAGCGUGGAACCAAUGCGGGAUACAAUACGAAAAAGUAGUUCCGAAACGGGUUCUAAAGAAGAAAAAGUAGUUCCGUUCUCCAAGUUGAAGUGCAUGUUCAUAGCAAGCAUUAAGGAAUUCCCACAGGAGAAAUGGCUCGUAGAAUUCACUUCCCUUGAGAAACUCCACAUUCGAGAUUGCUUGCAAUUAGAGGCUCUGCCCUCAGGUUUCAAGCAUUUGAGGUCGCUGCAGAGCCUCACCAUUGAGACCUGCCCCGUUCUUGAUCUUGACCAAUCCCCUGACGAAUGGGAGGGUCUAGAAAAGCUUAAUUUCCUGAUCAUAAGGGAAAUCCCCAAGCUCAAUUCCCUUCCAAAGGGACUGAAAAAGGUUGUCUUUGCGAGAAAUCAGGCUUCAUGA